AUGAGCGACAAUCCCUUUGAGCUGGCCGCAAACCAGGGUCCCCGCAAUGGGAGCGAUUCAUUAGAUGCAUUGAACAUGCCGUCACCCUCUCUGGAGUACUGUACGAUGAGUGUGGAGGAAACAGCGGCUGCUUUGGGCACAAAUGCCGACAGCGGUCUAUCGUCUGCCAGCGAGGUAAAUAACCGUCAAAGGGAGUAUGGUGUCAAUGAAAUAGCUUCUGAAGACGAUGAGCCGCUUUGGCGCAAGUUUUUGGGUACUUUUACCGGCGAUCCGUUGAUUUUGUUGCUGAUAGGGUCCGCUGUCAUAAGUUUCGUAAUGGGAAACAUUGACGACGCUGUUAGCAUUACAUUGGCCAUUGUAAUAGUAGUGACCGUGGGAUUUGUACAAGAAUACCGGUCAGAGAAAUCCAUUGAAGCUUUGAAUCGCCUUGUGCCCGACGAAUGCCAUUUGAUUCGGGGCGGCCAGGAGUCCAAAAUUCUAGCCUCUGUGUUGGUCCCAGGAGAUGUGGUCCACUUCGGCGUUGGUGACCGUAUCCCAGCCGAUGUGAGAAUCGUCAAAGCGGUGGGUUUGUCGAUCGACGAAAGUAACUUGACCGGCGAGAAUGAGCCUGUUCACAAAUCGUCGAAGCAGGUGUCAAAGGACUCCUACAACGAGAUUCCGGGAUCAAUAGUGCCUCUUGCGGACAGAGCAUGCAUUGCGUUCAUGGGAACUUUGGUCAGAGAAGGGCAUGGUAAGGGUAUAGUAGUGGGAACCGCUAAACACACUGCGUUCGGUAAAGUCUUUGAAAUGAUGAAUUCUAUCGAGAAGCCUAAGACUCCUUUACAAACGGCUAUGGAUAAGCUUGGAAAGGAUCUCUCAUUGGUAAGUUUUGGCCUGAUUGGUGCAAUUUGUCUGAUAGGAAUUCUACAAGGUCGUUCCUGGCUAGAAAUGUUUCAGAUAUCCGUCUCCCUGGCUGUUGCUGCCAUUCCAGAAGGUCUUCCAAUUAUUGUUACUGUGACACUGGCGUUGGGAGUAUUGAGAAUGGCCAAGAGGAGAGCAAUCAUAAGAAGGUUGCCUAGUGUUGAAACGCUAGGAUCUGUUAAUGUUAUUUGUUCUGACAAGACUGGCACACUGACUACAAAUCAUAUGACUGUCAACAAGGUAUGGUGUCUAGGCAGCAUGUCAAACAAGUCGAACGUUCUCAACCUCUCAAAAGUUACGGAAGGAAAUCUAAAGAAACAUCUUAGCGACGACGUCAGAGCGACUCUACGUUGUGGAAAUAUCUGCAACAAUUCCUCUUUUUCCCAAGAGCAUGUCAAAUUUUUGGGAAAUCCUACAGACAUAGCCUUGCUGGAAGUUUUGCGGAAAUUUGGCCUUGAUGACCAGCGUCCUUCUGCCACGAGAAUUGGUGAAAUUCCUUUCAGCUCCAAGCGUAAGUUUAUGGCUGUGAAAGUGAAAGAGUCAAAUGGAAAAACCAUGAUUUAUGUCAAAGGCGCCUACGAAAAGAUCGUCGAAAAAUCGUCGCAUUUUAUCAAUGCUGAAAACAAGGUGGUCAAGCUCGACAAUGCUCUGAAAGACGUUAUAAGCGACAGCGCCAACACGCUCGCGUCUGAAGGACUGCGAACUUUGGCGUUUGCUCAACUAGAGCUGCACAAUGGAUCAAAUGAGACCUUCAAUGAUGCCACCAUUAACGGAUUGACCUUUGCAGGUUUGCUUGGCAUGAAUGAUCCUCCAAGACCAUCGGUCAGGGCUGCAGUGGAAAGAUUAUCUGAGGGUUCUGUUCACAUUAUAAUGAUUACUGGUGACUCUGAAAGUACAGCUGUCAACAUUGCAAGACAGAUUGGUAUUUCUAUCCCAAAUCCUGAAACUGCUGUCCUCACUGGCGACAAGCUCGACCACAUGAAUGAAGACCAAUUGGCAAGUAUCAUCGAUCAUGUCAACAUCUUUGCUCGCGCAACUCCUGAACACAAGCUGAACAUUGUUCGUGCUUUGCAAAAGAGAGGGGACAUCGUAGCGAUGACUGGGGAUGGUGUGAAUGACGCACCUGCACUUAAAUUGGCCGACAUAGGUGUUUCGAUGGGCAAAAUGGGUACUGAUGUGGCAAAAGAGGCAUCCGACAUGGUUUUGACGGACGACGAUUUCAGCACCAUUCUUACUGCCAUUGAGGAAGGUAAAGGUAUUUUCAACAACAUUCAAAAUUUCUUGACUUUCCAGCUUUCGACAUCGGUGGCUGCUUUGUCUUUGGUUGCAAUUUCGACUGCAUUCAAGCUACCAAACCCGCUCAACGCCAUGCAGAUUCUCUGGAUCAAUAUUUUAAUGGAUGGACCUCCAGCUCAAAGUCUGGGAGUUGAACCAGUGGAUCACGAAGUUAUGAAAAAGCCUCCUCGCAAGCGCUCCGACAAGAUUUUGACCCCAGAGGUUUUCAAAAGACUCUUACAAAGUGCUGCAUUUAUCAUUGUUGGAACCAUUUACGUUUUCGUCAAGGAAAUGACCGAGGACGGGGUCAUUACCGCAAGGGACACUACUAUGACAUUCACCUGUUUUGUUUUUUUCGACAUGUUCAAUGCUUUGGCUUGCAGACAUUCUACUAGAUCGAUUUUUGAGAUCGGGAUUUUCGCGAACAACAUGUUCAAUUACGCGGUUGGAUUUUCCCUGCUGGGCCAAUUGUGUGCAAUUUACAUCCCUUUUUUCCAAAGAAUUUUCAAGACAGAGAGCUUGAGUUUGGGAGACUUGGCAUUUUUGUUGACGCUCAGCAGCAGCGUUUUCAUCGGAGAUGAAUUACGGAAGUGGUAUGCGAGAAAGCAAAGGAUAAAUGACCCAUACUAUUAUUCCGUUGUGUAA